AUGGAACUGAUGCAUAUAUCAGUAGACCUGGGGCUUCAAGAUCUGCUAGGAAGAAUCAUGAUGUUUGAGACAGAGGAUGAUCAGUUUGGUCUUCUUGAAUUUUUAUCUCCUUUGUUAGCAAUUGAAGUUGUGGAGUUCAACAGCAAGACAAGAUUCAUUAAGGAUCAGCUCAUUGGCAGAUCAAAGAAAUUGCAAACCCACCGUUUGCAAGAUUGCCAUUUUGAAGACUUCAAAAUCAAGAAAAACAGCUUUGGGCUAGACGUUAUUGUGGUGGAUUGCUGUUGUUUGUAUUUCUGCAUCCAGGUAGAUAACUUUGGUCAAAGCAUUGUUCAUGUGUGUUGCAUUCCUGUGCAUGACGAGCGUAGGGAUGACGACUUUGACUAA